UGAAUAUAAGAAUAUACUGUUUCAGUCUCUCGUUCGUUGAUCUCCUCAGUGGAUCGCAGUUGAGUUCGAAGCUUGACUCAAUUACGACAUUGUAUUUGAGUGAAAAAUUAAUUAGCUAGGUGCCAUUGAUACGGUAAUAUGUUUAAUUAACAAUAUAUCGUAACGACAAUAGUUCAAGUUCGAAAGUGAUGGUGACGUGGAAAGAAUUUAAUAUCACUGUUAUUGAUGUGCUGAUGAUGACAGCAAGAGCCAAACUAUGGGAAGAAUUAAAUUUUAUGGUAUAAUUAGAGGUGAAGCGAAAAGAUAGAGAUAAAUAUCGACCCACAUAUUGAUGAGUACCCACCACUGGUCGUACAUCGCACUCAACAUAGUUCUGAGUAUUUUGUAAGUGGAGCUUGUAUCGCCGAGUGACUUCAAUGCAUGGGCUGUUGGAAUAUCGCGUCCGCGUUCGUCUGCCGGAUAAAACCACCAAAAUUGCACAAGGCCCAGCGUUUAAUCCCAGUGACAAUGGACAUUGUCAUUUGUUCUCACCGACUCUUCGCUAUUUAUUCCUUCAAAGCUAUUAAUCAUGUUAAUGAGAGUUUUGUGAGUCAUUCCACGUAUGUUUCUAUACGCAAAUAUUCCAGUGAACAAAAUAUUAUAAUCUUUCUUUGAAAUUGAAUUUCUUUGAAAUCGAGAGUACCAAUCCCGAUUUUCGGCUGGGGACGACAACGGGGGAGAAUUUUUUUCAAUCCUUCACUUGAAGAGCAUCACCCAUUUCAUUUCAUGAAAGUGUUCAAGUGCAUAUGUACAUGCACGUAAACCACCUAUAGGAGAGUUGCUCAUGACGUCAUACAUUUGACCACAUCUUUGCUGAGGAUUUGGCCAUGUUUCAAGUUAUUUUUCCAAAUUUAACUAUUUAGUGUUUGUGGUAGUGCUUUGAUGAGAAGUGAUUGAGUGUAGAAUUUUGAUUUAUCGAGAGGAUUUAUUAACGCCACUACAAAAUCAUUUAUCUUGGAAUAUUGCAAACGGAUGCCCCACGGAAAUGGCAGAAAAAAUGCGCGAAACAAUUGCGCGCAGUGAAACUGGCCGAUUUGCACGCCAACUCGUGGACGGGGUAAAACCAGGGCGGGAUGAACAUGGGCGGACACCAUUAUUUAUCGCGGCCGCGGCUGGACAAAAUGCUACCUGUGAACUUCUGCUUCUACAAGGUCUCGACAUCAAUGCAGCUGAUAGCUCCGGAGUUACUCCCCUACAGAAAGCUGCAGCCGAAGGCCACUCUGAGGUGGUUGAAUUGCUUUUAAAACACGGCGCCGAUAUAUCAUGCCAAGACAAUAUUCACGGAGACUCAGCACUUCACGAAUCAUCAUGGCGUGGUUAUAGUAGAACGGUUGCAGUACUGGCUAAAGGCCUCGGAACCCAACGUGUCCCUCUUCAUGCGAGAAAUCUUGCGGGAUUUGCUCCGCUACAUCUUGCCUGUCAGAACGGCCACAAUCAAAGUUGCAGAGAACUACUCCUUGCCGGGUGUAAUCCGGAUCUUCAGAAUAAUUAUGGAGAUACACCUCUUCAUACAUCAGCCCGCUAUGGCCAUGCGGGAGUCACCAGAAUAUUGAUAUCUGGAUUAUGCAGAGUGUCAGAUCAGAACAAAAAUGGUGAUACUGCGCUUCAUAUUGCAGCAGCGAUGGGUCGAAGAAAACUAACUCGAAUUUUGCUAGAAGCCGGUUGCGACCGUUCCCUCCGCAACAAGCAGGGGGAAACAGCAAAAGACAUUGCCAGGCGAAAAAAUCUUAGUGAAAUCCUGGAAAUAAUAAAUAAGUCUCGAAGCAAGAGUCGAUCACGCUCGAAAAGUGAAGAUAAAGUAAAUGAUAUUGCCUUUAACACAACUCCAGAGAUAAGAUCUGCUAAGGGUGAAAAGAAAAGAGAGAAAACUGGGAGUGGAACGAGUGGCAGCAGAGAUGGAGGUACAAAAAAGGAGACGAAGAAACAUAAAAAUGAUCAUAAAAGUCAUAUUGGGAAAGCUGUUAUCGGGAAACAAUGGUCGCCAUAUGGUUGCCACUAUUACCCUGAUCCUGAGGCUUUUCCUCAGCCGAAACUCGACUCGUUGCCCUCGGACCCAUUAGCUAGAGGGGAGCAGUACUACUUGGAUCUCGCUGGUAACAUAAGAAAAGGUCCAGUUGGCGUAGGGUACACUUGCUACUGUGCACCUUUCUUCCGACAUAUGGAAGCCAAACUGGAGCGUGAUAAAGCAGAAUUAAAAGCGCACAUCGACCAAGCACAUGAGCGAUUAGAUCUCAAAGUCGCGCACUUGGAGAGGAGAACACGAGGGCAAAUUUCAGAGUUAACGAGAUAUGUUGCUGCAGAAAGGUCCAAAUGUGAGGAACGUCAUGCACAUUUACGAAGAUGGAUACACCGUAAAGAAUUUGGCAGACAUUCAGAGCGACUUCCUAAAAUCGUUAAUGAGGAAACAAAUCCACUGACAAAGGCUAGAUCUCUCGAGGAUCUUCUUGAUGAGAGACCUCAGGACAGGAGUUUUGAAAUACAGGGGGAGACAAAUGGACGUAAGGGAAGCUUGGAUAAUCUCGAUAUACCUCCUAUUCCAAGACUGAGUAAGAGCUGCAAAGACGUUUCUGUCGAUGGAGCCAGACCGGCAUUAUCUGUUUUAAAUGCACCACAGAGGCUUAAUGAGACGUUCGAUGGGGUGAUUGCAAGGGACAGGACAUCGCCGUUGGGAGCUGCUGCGUCACCGACUAUCCACUUGAAACAUGAAAUAAUACAACAACAGAUGUCUCUUCAUUACGAUAUCAAACACAGCGAUAAGGAAAUGGCAGUUAACGAGGAGACUAGAGAGGGAUGGAAGCUAUCACCCACUAGAAGGAGUGUUCACGAGAUGAUAAAACGUUUUCAACAAACCCCAGGGAUCCAUCAUGGUUGGAGAUCACCGCAAUCUGCGAGCAGUGAACGAACUGUUAAUCUUAAUCUUAGACAGUCUUCAACGGGACACAGAAUUCAAACGCAAGGAACAGCAUCUAGUGGACGUCACGUGGAAAGUCAUGGUAAUGAGAGCGAGAGUAGUGAAGCGGAAGAUGAUGUCGAUAUCAGCCCAAUAACGAAUGGAAACAGCCAAAAACGUUUCGAUAGGGUAUCAGAGAAUUCCCAUUACGAUUCGAUAGCAAGAAUGCCAUAUAGAUCGCGUAGUGCUGUUUAUAGUCCCACUCCACCGCUUCAUGAUGCGCAUAAUGACUCUGGAUAUAGUACGAAGAUGUACGGAUCGAGUAAAGGUGCUUCUCCUUCCCUAUCAGGUAAAACUAUUGAAAAUCUCAGAAUCCAUAGUAUAGUCUGUCCGUAACUGCAGAUGGUGUAUACUUGGAUUUAGGUUUAAUAUCUUAAGGCUGCACACCAGGGUCUUGAAAAUCAAUUAUUGUACAGUUUGUCAUGAUGUCCAGAUAGAUGAUCACUACAUGAUCUGACAAUACCAAUAUUUAACCCAAUAUUUGCCUAAAGUUUUGUUGAAAUCAUUAAAUAAAAUAAUCACAAGGUUUCUGACCAAAGCCAAUUUUUCACCAACCUCAUUUUUUCCAGUAAUUACCUGAGUUUUUACUUUUUUGGGGUUUUUCUCUACUGCUGGGAUUAUGUCUGCAUUUGUUGUUCUAAGAAUCUCUCCGGCAAUGUUAACAGAGUCACGUUACUACCAAAGUGCCAAUAUGCGCAAAAAACGUAUUUUCAUUCUAAUUAUAAUUGAAAUACAUCAGAGUAUAUUAACACUUUUAAAAUAUAAUAAAAGUUAAUUUGAGAAUAGCGAAUACCGAGAAUGACUAGCGCAUUGUUUGAAGAUACAUGACUUUACUCCUGGAAAUGGCCGUUUUUUUGCAGGUACGUGACUCUUUUACUGAGCUGUUAAGACGUUAUUUUCUCUUGCCGUCUUCUCUUUGACUAAAUCCUUAAAGGAGCUGUAACUUUUACUCAUUUUCUUCUCAAUACGAAUCUAGCCAGUCCAUAUUUUCAGAUUUUUUGUGAAUUUUAUCUGUCUAACGCUCGUAAAGCCUCAAGAUAAUUCGCUAGCCAUAGUCAGUGUAUACCUUCAAUUCCUACAGUUGCGUCAAUUUCCUUGCAUAUAAACGGCCACUAAAUUUUUCUGAGACCUCAGAAAACAGGAGUGCAACAACCGCUGUUUGCAACGAGUAUUAACUAAAUAGUCACCGGGUCCUUGGGCUGCUUUGGAGUUGCAGGGAAUAUGAGUUCAGUUAAACAUUUUUUUCGAUAUUUCGCUUACUGCUUACAGGUAGCUUUAGAUGGUUAUGGUUGAACGCCUUUAAAGAGUCACACAAAUUUUUCUAUGGGUGUUCCGUAGUUUCUAUCAGUGAGAAAAUUUUUUGCGUUUAAGAUAUCCUAGAAACAUUGAGUCCCAGCCACAUUCAUUUACUUAUCAGGCUAAUAAUUAAUUUUUCCAUACUGGUGCUCACGAUUUCUCGUCUAGGAAUUGAUACUACAUACUUCCCAAACUCGAAAACUUGAAAAUCACUAUGGAAUAGUUAUUUUUUUCAUCUCGAUCACGCGUGUUUGAUCUAGAGCCAUUGAAAAAGAAAUUUGACUCAAGUAAUUUUGAAACCAAAUCGAAAUUCAAGAUUUUUUAGGAACAUCCGCAAUAAGUUUAUAGGGGUAACAGAAAAUGCAUGAGAGACCUGAAAUUUUUACCAUUAAAGAUUAGUAAUUUGAAAAUCGGUUUUGAAAAUCUUGCCAAGAUUGCCAGUAUCGAUUUGUAUGGAGAAAACAGGAAAAAUAAUCAUUUGUCACAGAGCCUUAUGAAACACUUUUCAAUAAUCUUCAUGCCGCUUCAAUG